AUGGCAAUUGUACAUAAAUCUAUAUGGAGGUUGAAACGCUUUGGACGUUUUUUGCCUGGGACCAAAGAAGACGGCGGUAAUCCAUGGAAGGUGACAUUAGUUGUCUAGUCGGGAAUUUUGCCCAACAUCUGUUUUAUCUGUGAUAACGCUAGCUAACGUUAGCUACCUAACGACCCUUGCUAGCUAGGCUAACUAAAAGUUUUUUACAAAUGUUUAGGACAUUAGCAAAUCAAAUUGUUAUAGGCCUACACUUUACAUUAUGGUUAUUGAAUGAACUUGCCUCAGAUGUGAUGUGAAUCAUCUAGCUGUAGAUGUUGAAAAAUGUGUCUUAACUUCUCUAGAUGUUUGAGCCCAGUGAAAGUGCGGGUGAAUUGGUGCUCACCAUUGUGGAAUCCGGUCAUAUGCUGGUGUCCCAAGGCCACUAUCUUCUGGUAAGUGAGUUGAGGUCUGACUAAAUUAGAUGCCCUUUGAUGUCCGAAAGUCAAGUCAUUCCUGGAUGGAUCUGGACCUAGUUUUUACAGUAUUUGAUCUAGGCCAAGUAACAAUGUAACGUUAUCCAAAUAAGCUUAUAUAGCCUUUAAAUAUCCCCCAAUAUAUUCAGUAACUCAUUAUUAUAUACCAAAUUAUUGAAAUGUACACCCCAUAGACAUAAUAGCUGUUAUUGUCCAACCUGCACUCAUUGUUGGUGUAAUUAUACACGGAGUUUACAAAACAUUAGGAACACCUGCUCUUUCUCUGACAUACUGACCAUGUGAAAGAUAUGAACCCUUAUUGAUGUCACUUGUUAAAUCCACUUCAAUCCGUGUAGAUAAGGGGAGGAGACAGGUUAAAACAUGAUUUUUAAGCCUUGAGACAAUUGAAACAUUGAUUGUGUAUGUGUGCCAUUCAGAGGGUGAAUGGGCACAACAAAAGAUUGCAGUGUCUUUGAACGGGGUAUGGUAUUAGGUGCCAGGUGCACCGGUUUGAGUGUGUCAAGAACUGUAACGCUAAUGGGUUUUUCACGCUCAACCGUUUCCCGUGCGUAUCAAGAAUGGUCCACCACCCAAAGGACAGCCAGCCAACUUGACACAACUGUGGGAUGCUUUCGACACCUUGUAGAGUCCUCCAUGCCCCGAAGAAUUGAGGCUAUUCUGUGGGCAAAAGGGGGUGCAACUCAAUGUUAGAAAGAUGUUCCUAAUGUUUUGUACACUCAGUGUAUAAUGCAGCACUUGUGAUUAUUUUUAAAUGUAUUAACAAAUAGUUUGCCUACUAACUCUGGCUAGUCUAAGCUUAGAUCUCCACUGUUAGGCUUAUAGGCAGAUAGCCUAGCUAUGGAUACAAUUUUAUGUGUUUGCAACAAUGUUAAAAAGUGACCCCAAUUUUAGUAUUCAAAUUACUUGAUUCCAAGUCCUUGGAAAUACAGGGAACUAGAACAAAUACUGAACACCAGCUAUGUUGCUGCUAUACACAGAAUAGCGCCUGUGUUAGUGUGUAGUUCAUCCUGUGUCUUCUCAAGAUUCACUGCCAGACUCUGUGUGCAGCUGAGAGACUCAGAUAUCUUAGCACAAUAAGCAGGAUUUGCUGUAGAAACACAACGGCCGUAGCUGCACUAUGCCACAUUGAGUACUGCAUGGAAAGUGGCUACAGCUAUCUUGCUGAGCCAGGGUGCCAGGCAAGGCUACAUGCUUAUUCAGGUCAGGACACAAAGUGCUCUCUGACAAAAGGGGAUAGCGGUCAUUGAUAGAUCGGCGCCCUUAAUUGAUAGAUCGGCGCCCUUAAUCUUAAUGCUCUUGAGUAUCUUUCAAUACAGAGAGAUUACAGUAGGACACAGUGGCUGAAGCCAGGGGAGUCCCAACUGAAUGAUGAUGCCAUAUUAGGAUGCACCAUGGUAGAGGAGAGAGGGUUAUUGAGUGUAAUCAUUAUCCAGAUUACUCCUGAUCCAAGAUAUCGUUUAAUGGGGGUUUUCUCUCAGUUUUUGGAGGAAGGAGGGGGGAUUGGGAUUAUAGGAAAUGGAACCUCUCAACCUGACUCAGAUAACUAACCAUGUCUCAGAAAACGACUUGCUGUGCCUCACAGAAUUACUUGAAGACAAGUCUUGUUCAAAUUAUGUCAUGUGAUUCCUUCCUGAUAUGAUAAUUUGCAACUAAAAAUAAGAAUUUGAUCUAAUCCCUUCGAAACAUCUCAGUGGAGUAGGAAAAUUGAAAUCUGUUUUGAAUCUGGAAGUAUGGAGCUGAAAUGUAAUGUUUUAUGUAACAGAGCUGAGUAGAGUAUCCAUCCCUCCAGUGCGCUGAAGUCCAUUUGAAAUGGGGAAAACAUAACUUUCAGUGUCUUUAUCACUAAGAAGGAUCUGUUGCUAUGGUAAAAUGUUAUUCCAAAUAUAAUGUCAUAAAGCUAGCAUUUCCCAGUGCUCAGGCCAAGGUCUAACACAUUUUCUAUCAUUAUUAAUGUGCAUAAAGCAACUACUGUCUCCUGUCAACACAGCAGGCAGCAGGUAUUAUUGGCCUAUAUUUCACUGGUACAUUUCAACGCAAAUUCUAAGACUGAAGAAACUAUACUAAACAGAAUAGUGUUUAAAUAGAUUUAGACUUUAGUUGAUGUUAAAUAGUUACAAAUUGUAAGGUGUCAGACAUAAUUUCAAAGUAUUCAGUGUAUUCAGGGUAGUGUAAUUUUUCACUUGGUUAGAAAAGUGCUGAUUCAUACAUGGAACUAAACUAACACCUGUUUUUAUUCAUUGUAGCCUAAACAUGGAGAGAUUUCUACUCAAGAGACUAUGACUCUAUCAAAACUAAUAUUUAGUACGACAACAUUCAGCCUCCAACAGCUGGUUGUUUGAGAUGGAGAUGGAAGUUAUCUAUCCAAAUACAUACUGAUGGCAUGCUGCUGGUCACAGGGGCUGGAUGGGUUUCUGAGUCAAUAGAGCCCCCUGGAGGCGUGCUUAUGUCAUUUCAGAUCAUUUGAAAUUGCUCCUGCUCCUGCUAACCAAAAGUAGAGCUGUGAUUGCUGAAUGCUCGGUCUGAUACUGUUAAAUGGACUUGUAUGUCUCAUUGAAGACAUGAGGUUUAGCUGUGUGCCCUAUCCAAUUUGACUUUGGUUUUACUACUAUGACUUUUGACUGUUGUUUGUUUACCAUUGUUUGUCAGUCUGAUUGUUGUGCUAGUGCAUUUUUCAGGAUGGGUUUUCCUUGCUUGAUGCUCCAAGCUUCCUCAAAGUUCAGCAGAAAUCAGAUACCCUGCUGUUCCGUCUGACUGUUAAGGUGGGUUGCUAAAGUUAUAUUCUUGGAGAUAUGUCAUAAAUGGAUUGCAAGCCUUUAUUUGCUUUUAGAAACAACACCAUUUUUUAAAUAGAAGCUAGCUACAGUAUACAAGAGUCUACAUACCAAAUUGUAUUAUUAUUCUAGCACCUACUUUUAUAUGAAACUUAGGCUAAUGUUGACUACAAGGCAACACUGGAAUUUUACAGUCGGUAAUUUCCCCACAAUUUGUAUAGUGGCAGCUUUAUUUACCAUAGCCAGAUUUCACAUUGACAUUAGUGUGGCAGAGCCGAUGUUUGGCAGGGGUGGCUGUGCUGAGACAACAGUGUAAUUGGUCAUUAAAUGGCCUGAAUUAAGGGGAUCUGAGGCCUGACACGAUGCAUUUUGAACAGUCUUGGCACAACUAGCUGGCUGUGAGUGGUGCUUUGGCUGUCCAUAUUCUGCCAACGGCCUGGCUUGUGAGUGAUAUGUAGGCUAAAUAAGUGUUGUAGGUAAGUGCGACUGUGAUGAAUUGUAAGUGGCAUGUCAAGCUUGUAGUCUGCUGGUCAAGAUUGCCUCAGUAGCGGUGAAGAGGAGAUAUAGGCUAGCUCUCAAACAAAACAUUGCUGUGUAUGUGCAGGGGGAGAGCCGUCUGAUGAGGAUGCAGUUCAGUGGUAGCAGCAGGGCUGAGGCUCUGGAGGAGUGUGGCAGUGCAGUACUCAGACUGAAGGAGUACCUGCCUGUCACCACACAGGGGGGGCCCCCCACCACCACCACUCAGCUGCCCCCCAACAUCCAAUCAGCCCCCUACCAAGACCACUGCACAGGAUCAACAGGUACUCAACAACACAUACACUGAAAACAUGUAGCUACGUAUUGCAUCAUGAAAGUGUAUUUUGGAACAUCUGAAUUGGAACAGCUCCUGCAAUACAUUAACUAAUUGAAAUGAGUGCAGUGCGUGUUUUUUUUCUCCACCUUUGUUGCUGUUCUUAUGUUAAGAAUGUUAUUCUUCAUAAUGUAAACUAGUUAAUGAGGGACUAAAGUUGCUGUUGUUACAGUAAGAAUCACCCACUAGAUGGUGCUAUUUACAAGCAUGAAAACAAUAUAGCUUGUUUAAUACUGGAUGGCACUGGAACAAACUAGGUUAAUAUGGAUUUUAUGUAUGAAUCAAUGACAAUGUGUGAUAUGUUAAUCCUUAACCUCCCGACACAGAAGGGGGAGAAAUUAAACCAACGAUAAACACCAUCACACACAUUUGAAAAAGCUCUCAGUGAGGAUGAAAGGGCCGUGGUGACUGAGGGAAAUCUUUUAAUAAAUGAUGAAGCUAUGAUGCAGUUUAACCUCCCUUGGUGUGUUACCCUGUAAAGUCCUGUGGCAGUAGUAACAUAUUUCUUUUUAACCGUGUGUCAUCAGGCGGGUGCUGGGGAGGCUAUGGCUACUGAACCCGAGGUCGUCCAGGGCUCUUUAUCCAUCAAACGUCUUACCCAGGUAGGUUGGUACUGACACCACACAGUGAUUAGAUAGAUGACUGAUGAAUGCUGAGGGUGAUGAUUCAUAUGAUGAUCACUUGAUGGAGGUUGAUAAUCGCGCAAGCUGAAUAAAUAGUAGCUAUUUAACAUUCAGGAGUGUGAUUACGGCUCCCACCCAUGGAGCUUGAAUGUAACAUACACUUCAUCGGCUCUUAUUUGUUGUUAUUCCCCGCCACUACUGAAGUGUAGGGUAGGCCACUGAAAUAAUUAACACCUAACUGACUUGGGCGAUUAUAAUUAGCCAAUAUAAGUCUCCCAAGUGGCGCAGUGGUCUAAGGCACUGCAUCGCAGUGCUAGCUGUGCCACUAGAGAUCCUGGUUCGAAUCCAGGCUCUGUCGUAGCCGGCUGCGACCGGGAGACCCAUGGGGCGGCGCACAAUUGUCCCAGCGUCGUCCAGGGUAGGGGAGGGAAUGGCCGGCAGGGAUGUAGCUCAGUUGGUAGAGCAUGGCGUUUGCAACGCCAGGGUUGUGGGUUUGAUUCCCAUGGGGGGCCAGUAUGAAAAAAUAAUAAAAAAUGUAUGCCCUCACUAACUGUAAGUCGCUCUGGAUAAGAGCGUCUGCUAAAUGAUGUAAAUGUAAAAUCAUGGAUUUAAUUAUAUACAAACAAAUGAACAGAUCCCUGGUCUAUCUAUUUUUCCUCAGCACUUCCUGGGCGAGCAUGGUCUGUCCUUGCCCCUGGUGUACCGCCACAGUGCUCUGUCCCGUGGGGAGCUGGAGCCCUUCCUCCGCCUGUGUCUCUUGGACCCCAGCUUCCCUGCCUUGGUGGAGGAGGUGGAGGGGGAGCUGAAGAGAGUGCUCCAGGACUGA